GUAAUAAAAAAUAUAAAUCAAAAGGAGGAUCGUUUCUAAGUUUAAAUAAAACUAUGGAGUACAAAUGGAUUACUCAGAAUCAGUGUAUUAGGAUUCUUCCUGUUAGUACGCGUGCAAUCGGGUUAAAUAUAAGAAUACUAGCCGCAGAUCUUAGUCGACUCGACAUAUUCCCCGGAGUUGAGGAUUUCAGUGACCGGAUUUAUAAAUUGACCAAUGCACUAUACCGCAUCUCACUACUCCAGUUCGAUCUGAAGCUGGCUGGAGCUAUGGAGGGGCAACAUUCCAAAAAUUUCGACAACCAUGGAUUCGAAGAUAUAUUUGUGCCUGAGUCUUACCGUCACGCCUUGGAAGGUAUGGGAGCAGGCUUCGCUCCGUUGAUAAAGAUUUUAUCAGGAAUCGGGUUUUUUAAAAAGGGUGGAAUGUCGUUUCUACCUAAACAUCCCCGUCUACUUAAAGGAAGUUGCAGCCCUAUUUAUGUGCGAUUUUCAAAUCUCCGCUACGUGGUCACUCAGUUGUCCCGUAAUUCGCGAAAUCAAAAUCCUAUAAGACGAAAGUUUUACAAAUACAAUCCAAUACCUGGUGCACGAUGGGACUUCAGUACAACGAAAACACAUUCCGUUCGGGGUAGAAAACUUAACCCAGCCCCCGUGUUGGAAAACCCCAACGAUAUAAUGCCGGAUAAUUAUUCCAUAAAUCUUCUUCGCGAUGAUAUAGCACUUGUUGCUGAUUGUAUUGAAAAGAUCGGAAGUAAAUAUCCUCAAUAUAUUAGCAGCAGGGGCAUUGACUUUAAGGCUAACGGAUUAAUAUCACAGAUUGUUUCAACGUCGAUUGCUGAACUACGCUGCCCAACUUACCCAACAACUGGAAAACCGGAGACCAUCGUAACUGAAUAUCACCCAUUUUGGGCACCAAUAAUACUGUCUGAUGAGGAAUUCUGCCUGGGGAUUUGGUACUUGAUGGGCGAGACCGGGGAUGAUAAAAAGUCUUUGGUUGCCCCUUGGAACAAUAAUUUAAGGAGCUAUGAAGCAGGAAUCGCUGAGGAACACGAUGAGUACGUUUCGGAAUUUCAUCCAGGUUUUUUUAAUUUUUUAAUGACGACUUAAAGAAGAAACCUAAAUAAAUAAUAUUUGCACCAUGAGGUAAUGUCGCAUUUGAAAUAGCUAGGGGAGAAUCAAAUGCUAAUUCAACCGCAUUUGGAAAUGACUAAUACGAUACAUCUACACAGCCCUUUUUUCUCGUACAAAUUUGCUCCCAAAAAAAACCGAAAGAUAUUUUAAGAUA